AUGUGGAAGGGUCAAGAUGAGGGAACCACGAAGACAAGUCCAAGGCGUCUUGUUCGUGAAAUCGCACAGGAUUUCAAGACCGAUCUUCGUUUCCAAUCCGCUGCUAUUGGUGCCCUACAGGAAGCUUCGGAAGCCUACCUCGUUGGUCUGUUUGAAGACACAAACUUGUGUGCAAUCCACGCCAAGCGUGUAACAAUCAUGCCUAAGGAUAUCCAGCUCGCUCGCCGUAUUCGUGGAGAGAGGGCAUAA